AACAACGUUUACGAAAUAGCCUUUAACUACCAAAGAAGCAGCUCUCCUUUUCGCCUCGCUAGCAUUUUUAAUCAGUCAAUCCAAUAAUCCCGACUUGCGCGACUUCAAAGAUAGCGGUUGAGCGACAAUGGUCGUCUUGCCUGAAUCAUGAACGUGCGACAAUCAUCCUUCAGCUUGGCGCCUCUUGGACCUGGACUUGAAAGACGUCCUUCGGUGGUAUCGCGUUUAUCCUCCGUCUUUUCGAAUGCAGAUCAAGAAACAGGGAGUACAGCACGGACAGGGGCUGGACUUAUCGAGGAGGAGAUUGCCGAGAUUAAGAGAUAUGAAGUAUGUUGUGGGACACUGGAUAUGCGGCUCUGUGCUAACUAGCUGGACCAGGACUUUACAACAAUAGACUGGGUGCAAGAUGCGGCGCGAGAACAAGCUAAGCGUAAGGCGCGAAGAAAGCAAGCGGCCGGCCUCUACGACAAAGGACAACCUGGCUGGCGAUAUCAGCUGUGGAGGAGUUAUGAUGCAGCGCAAGCCUGGAUCGUGGUAACAAUCAUCGGUGUUGCUAUUGGCUUGAAUGCAGCACUACUCAAUAUUAUUACGGAAUGGCUCUCAGACGUCAAGAUGGGCCACUGCGAGACAGGCUUCUAUUUGAAUGAGAACUUUUGCUGCUGGGGAGAAGGGAAUGGUAUGUGGUAUCCAGGGUGUGGCGACAUGGAUAAUGCUGAUACUGGACAGGCUGCGAUCAGUGGCACAGAUGGACUGGCUUCGAGCCCUUCAACUAUUUUAUCUAUUUUGUCUUUGCAACUCUAUUUGCUUGUGUUGCGGGCACCUUGGUUAAGUCUUUUGCACCAUAUGCCGCCGGUUCGGGUAUCUCUGAGAUCAAGUGCAUCAUUGCCGGGUUUGUUAUGAAAGGCUUCCUUGGAUGGUGGACUUUGAUCAUCAAAUCAGUUUGCCUCCCUCUAGCUAUCGCCUCUGGUUUGUCGGUUGGAAAAGAAGGCCCAAGUGUACACUACGCCGUGUGUACAGGAAAUGUGAUCGCUCGGCUUUUCGACAAAUAUAAACGCAACGCUUCUAAGACUAGGGAGUUUCUGAGCGCCUCGGCAGCUGCCGGUGUUGCUGUCGCCUUUGGCAGUCCUAUCGGCGGUGUGCUCUUCUCUCUAGAGGAAAUGUCGAACCAAUUUCCCCUCAAGACGCUAUGGCGAAGCUAUUUCUGUGCCCUGGUAGCGACAGCCGUUCUCGCUGCUAUGAAUCCUUUCCGAACGGGCCAACUGGUCAUGUUCCAGGUCGAGUAUAAGAACGACUGGCAUUUCUUCGAGCUGCUAUUCUACGUCCUGAUUGGUAUUUUCGGAGGUCUCUACGGAGCCUUUGUGAUUAAGUGGAAUUUGCGGGUUCAGUCAUUCAGAAAGAAGUACUUGAAAGAGUAUGCAGUUCUCGAAGCAACUUUACUAGCAGCGGGAACUGCUAUUAUUGCCUACCCCAACGCCUUCUUGAGGAUAGACAUGACAGAGAGUAUGGAGAUUCUCUUCUCGGAAUGUGGACGUGGAGAAUCGUACCACGGUCUUUGCGAGCCUGACAAGAGAUGGUGGAACAUAAUUUCACUGUUCCUGGCGACGUUCCUGAGACUUUUCCUGGUUAUACUAUCCUAUGGAUGCAAGGUUCCCGCCGGUAUUUUCGUUCCUUCAAUGGCAAUUGGAGCGUCCUUCGGAAGAACAAUUGGAAUUCUUGUUCAAGCUAUUCACGAGGCCAAUCCCACCAGCGUCUUCUUUUCCGCAUGCAAACCUGACGAGCCUUGCAUCACACCAGGUACAUAUGCCCUACUAGGAGCCGCUGCGGCACUCAGCGGCAUCAUGCACAUCACCAUAUCUGUGGUGGUCAUCAUGUUCGAACUCACAGGUGCUCUGAACUAUAUUCUCCCCACCAUGAUCGUCGUCGGAGUCACCAAAGCUGUCAGCGAAUUGUUUGGCAAGGGAGGCAUCGCAGAUAGGAUGAUAUGGUUCAGUGGAAUGCCAUUCCUUGACAGUAAAGAGGAGCACAAUUUUGGAGUUCCUGUUUCAGCUGUCAUGAGAACCUCUGUUGUUUCGAUGCCCGUUCAUGGACUUACCUUGGGCGAGGUCCAGAGCCUCCUUGCUGAUGAUCGAUACCAAGGCUUCCCCGUGGUGGAAGAUAAACACACCAAGGUACUUGUUGGUUAUAUCGGUAGGACGGAGUUGCGAUAUGCCAUUGAUAAGAUGAGUCGAACCUCACCGUUAUCAGAGACUGCAAAAUGCACAUUUGCACCAUCGUCGACAAAUCUGUCCAGUACAUCGCUCAACAACAUCCAUAGCGACUCGUCUCACUCUUCAACUCUCGACUUUAGCCGAUAUGUUGAUGCAACACCCGUCACAGCUCACCCGAGACUGCCCCUCGAGACUGUCAUGGAGUUGUUCCAAAAGAUCGGGCCUCGAGUUAUAUUGAUUGAAUAUCAUGGCAAGCUCACCGGUCUCGUAACCGUCAAAGACUGUCUGAAAUACCAAUUCAAGGUCGAAGCCGCCGAGAACCCCAAGGAUGAUCAUCGCAUCGAAGAGGGGCAAGAACAACUUUGGAACCUCUUUCAAAGAGCCGGUAACUGGUUCUCUGGUCGAGUCUCAAGAUACUCAGGAGGCCGAAUUCGCCUGACAAGCAGUUCUGGUGGUGAGCGGCCACUGGGGAGAGGGCAAAUAUUAGAUGGUGACGAGGAGGUGGUCGAUGAGGGUGUCGAGCUGGAGAGUCGGCGGUAACUGUAUGACCAUGUUGAUCGUUACCUUUUAUUAUCUGUUACUAUAGAGACGUGCAUGAUAACUGGCGUUUGGGACUGAAUCUAUUUUUUAACGUAUGCUAAAUGUCACACUUCUAUCGAAGAUCCAACAGCAGGUCUCCCGUGUCAUUCUGCACCACGACUGUUUGACUAGCCAGUCUGUCUAUCGUGUUCUCUCAUCCGACUCCCUACCCAAAUCAAUAACAUCCUCAUCGUCAUCACGCCGUGCUCCAUCAUCUUCAGUCGGCAAAGGGACAUAACUCGGCCCUUCAGCAGCAGCCGCAGCACCAG